UGUGGAGCUUCUGUCAAUCUCAUAUGUAGCUGCUGUAGACGACACAUCAUACGGUACUGUAUGUGGACUCUGGUCAAGGGAGCAGCUGGAACUAUCAUAACCCUGCAAAUAAAGACACAGCUACCAAGGAGCCAUGGCCUCCCUUGGACAGAUCAUCUUCUGGGGGUGAGGCCUCUAUUCAAUGUGUCUUUCUAAAAAUAUGGUGAUUGUUAUUCAAGGCCAGCAACAGCUUUCCUUCUUAUCACCAACAAGUGCAUAGUCAGUUGAACUUUGGAUAUUGGAUAUUGUGAUGUUCAAUUGACUUUGAAGGUUCUUGCUAGAUCUUGCUUGAUUGUUUUCAUCUACAUUUCCAGGAUGAUAGUCAUGAUCUUCGUAGCCGCUGGACUCAUCAUCCUCAUCUUGUCUGUGUCAUUUGCAGGUAAGUCGUGAGCAUAUGGGUCUUUCUAUAAAUUAAAGGGCCAAUGUGUGACAUCAGGGUCAACAUUUCUAAAUGGUUUGAUAUACAUUUAAAUGAUUUUCUAGCAGCUUCACAUGUGUAGUUACAGGAAUAAGUGUCUAUAUAGGGAAAAUGAGACCAUAACUCCUAGCAACAACAAAACAUCUACAUGUCAUUCAAAAUGUCACAUGAAACAUGGAGAUUGCAUGUUUCUUUGUCAUGCCUAGUAGUCAGGUCUGUUGGUGCUUUAGUCAACUUCUCUUUAAUUUACAGCCAUGCUAAACAUUCCAGAAGAAUUAAAAAGAUAAAUAACAGCAUUUCUAUAUCUUUUUUUUAAUGAAAUCAUUAUAAUCAGUAAACUCUUCUAGCUGUGUGUGUGUGUGUGUGUGUGUGUGUUUGUGUGAAAACUAGACAUCCCUUUCUUGCUUCCACCAUUCCUUGCCUCUCCUUGAAAGUGCAUUGGAGCCCGAGGGGAGGACCCUUCCCUCCUCUCUCCCAAUGUGCUUUGAGUUGGAGGUGAGGAAUGGAUGAAACAAGGGGAGAACCUCAAUUGCAUUUACUUCAUUCCUCACAUCCUCUCUCCUUGCCUCUUUCUCAAUACCCAUUGGAUAAGGUGAGAGGGGAAGGACCUCUGACCUUCUCAUCCAAUGAGUUUUGAGAAGGAGACGAGGAGAGAGGAUGCAACGAAUCAGGUAAAUGCAAUUGAGAUUCUCCCAAGGACAGAGGAAGCAAGUAUUUGACAGCUAUUAAAUGUUUUUUUGACAGUGCCAGACUGACUGACUGAGCUACCAUAAUACCCAUGGCCUGUCCAGAAACCACCCCUAGUCCCUACUGCCCAGAGUCUAGACACUUGUGGAGAUCUGAGUGGGAUUGAUGGGUGGUGACAUGGUGAGACCUCCACCUUACCCUCUGAUAGGCUUGGUGGAAUUUUGGCAGUAUUGCUUACACCUGUCCAAUUCUCUCAGAUCUCCACAAAUGUCUAGGGGUAGGAGCUAGGGGUUGUUUCUGGACAGGACCCCAGAACCCUUCGGGUCUGUGGUGGACCUACAACACGACACUUGAGGCAUUGGUUGGAUGUUUAGUUCCACUGGGUAGCUGGAGACCUGCUGUAAACAGUGAAAUGAUAUAUUUACAUGUCUACUAUUUGUUUCAUUACAGUUAGUUAGAUGUGCAACCACUGACUAACUAUAGCUCGGGUAGAUCUCUAGUCUAGCAAUGGAUACUGUUGUUUUGGCUGUAUAGCAUCAUUUAAUAAGAUUACCAAUGGUUAGCUAGGUAGCUAGGAUAUAUCAGUCAGCUAACUAUUUACAGUAACAGCAGUUCAUUAAUAAGUCAAUGCACACCAAAUCUAAUGCAGAAAUUUAGAAAUCUUACCUUGUCUUGGCACUGUGGCACGGUAUGGGCAGCUAUUAAUACAUUAAUUAAUAGAUAAUAUGUUCAUAGAUUCAUAGAAUGGAGUUAGAAGGGUGACCUCCUACUUUGAAAGGACAGGAAGUGUUGGCUGUGCACUUGGCCAGGCAUUCCACAUUUAACCCCACCCACAUUUGAACAUCGAAAUAUCAAGUUGUUUGGGGGUUUUAUAUGCAUAAACGAAAAAACAAGCAACUUUUUUAUUUUUCAAUUUCUAUUCAAAAACAAAUAAAUAUGCAAUUUUCAAGUUCCCGAUUGCUCCGUUUUAAUUCAGAAAACAAACGGACCGUAAUCUUACCUCAAUACUGCUGAGCAAUUAGUGCUUUUUGAGGUCGGUUCGGUUUUAAAAAACACAGGCUAAAAGGGAUUUUUUCUCCCUUUACUCGCAUCAGACUGACACUUUACCAGUUGAAAGUAUACAUAAAUACAAGAUAUUAUUGUAUUACAAGUUUUAUUUAAUUUACAAUUAAAAUAUGCAAAUGAGGCAAAACCUCCUUAAAUAUGUGCUAAUUUGCAUAUCACGUGAAUCCGUUUUUCAACACAUUGCUUCAAGGCAGAAUUUUUAUUUUUUAUUUUAUUGUGUUAAGACACUCAAUGGUCAGACUUUUACAGAUCAGUUUAUAAAAAUAUUGUCAUUUCAUGGAAUUAUAAAAAAAAACACUUCACAUGUAUGACGGAUGCAUAUUUUGCAUAUAUGUACAGAUAAAAUUACACUUAAAAUCAAAACGACACAAGAUAUCGAAAAAGCCUCUGUAAAAACCUGUGUGUGGAAUAAUGUGAAUGUACGUCAGUUGAAGACUGAGAAAAAUGAAUUGGCGCACGGGGAACAUGUCAUUUUGAGAAAAUGGCGACAAAGAUAGCACGUCUAAUACAUUUGUUUCAAGCAAUAGAGCAUAUGCUUUGAAUACUGGUCUGUUGGGCAAAUAUGCAGUUUUGGGAAAAUUCUCAUAUCACUUUGCUCAGUUUGACACAUACAAGGAUUUUGUACGGCUGUUGAAAUGUGCAGAACAUUAAUCAGCUAUGCCUGCCAAAUAUGUACCGCCCUCUUUGAGUUGUUGCUGGUGCCGCUUUACUUUCUUGACGGGUCAUGGGACCUGCGCCUACGCUUGGCACACUCCGUUGAAACAGCAUCAGCUCUCACAACUCCUCUCUGAUUGCUUCCAGUGUCACCAAAGUGCUGUCAAGCCACAAUUUGUCCAUCACAUUUGAUAUAGCAGUGGCUCCCUCAUUAAACGUGGCUACUGCCAUACUGGCUGCUGCGUCAAUGCGGUUUUUGCCCACGAAUACAGUUUUGGAGCAUCGCGACCAUAGUACAGUGUUCAGACAUUCAUUUGACAUCCUAUGAUAUACAGGUAGCAUUUUCUGUGCAACCUCUCCAUUAAAAAAUGUAUGGCGUCCAUGGUUUUUGUGACUGGUUGGAUUUUCACCAUUUUCUAAGGCACGCUGGUACCAGCACCAAUGCACACACCUAUCCCAUAGUUGGAAGUGAAUCCUCUUUUGUGCCAAGUGCCGUUAAAGGAUACAUGAAUGUAUAUGAUGGCAUCCUCAUACUCCUUCAGCAACUCUGCUAUGUCUGGGUCUAUAUCUGCGUAUGCUCUUCUAAUUAGUUUUGCAGCACUCUCCAUUGACUGUAGCCCUCUCUGAAUCUCUGCAACUAAAGUACUUAUUAUGUCUGUCGACAUUACAGUCAUAACUGCAGGACUAAAUAUCUGCAUGUUACCCUAUGCAAAUAUUAGCAUAUCAGCAUGUAUUUACUUUAUGUAAAGCAAAUGUCUCAGUAAUCACAGUAGGCUACAGCCCUAUGACACUGUAGGCCUAUGUGACAGUCUCAUUGUACAGUUAUGUUUUCCUAUCACUCUGUUUUAUUCACUUUGAAUAUAUUUGCUGGAGCAAGGAAAUAAAUAUUAUUUAUACACAGCAAGUCACCUGACAAUAAUGGGCUACUCUCCCUUUUUAUUUACCUGUCACUCUCCUGUCAUGUCUCUGAUAUGAUAUGAGAUGAGACGCAAGGAAGGAAUCCCUAGGACUUUGCUUAUUUUCUUUAGAGCUGCAUAACCAAGUCCAAGUUCGUGGGCUAGAAGAACCAUCCUCACAUUUAUAUAAAAUGCCACAUCUCCCCUGGAUCACUCCUGCAUCCUGGAAGAAGUGUAAACACUCCUCCUAAAUGCAUCACGAUCACCUUCACAGUGUGCACAUUCUAUCAUGACAAAAUUACAGAAUCCCUGGUUGGUGGGGUCUAUGGUGAUUUUCAGUCCAGUGUUUAGACACUUAGGGCAAAUCAAAUCAUGUACACGUUGGUUUAUUUGUGACAUGUGGAUUAAAAGCCACUGUUGGCUGUCUGGUUGAUCGCUGCAUGCUGUCAUCUUCAUCUCAAAUAAUUUGAGUUGCUGCCGGCUACCUCCUUUUCCUCCUCUACCUGUACUGCCACUGCCUCGAUCGGCUGAUCUGGCUCAUUUUUUCUUUCAUUCACUGCUUUUCUCGCAUUGGCUAACUGAGAUCGCCUAUUUUUAUUCACAUACUGUAGGUACAUUCUUCGAGAUUUUCUAAUUUUGUAUUUUUACAUGGAUUCUUCGCGGGAGAUAUUUUCAAACAAGGAAGUGCUGCGAGGCACGUGAGGUAUUAUAACCAAUCAGGUUGCCGGAAAGGGCCUUUAAAUGCCAGUACCCAAUCGGAUGUCAGGGAAUUACUAAUCUUCCAGCACGAAGCGCUACGCCUACAAAGGAUAUAGCCAUGUAUGGACUAGCUAACAAUAUGCUCCGGAUAACAAGCUUUUGAAUGAUAUAUGAUUCAACAUGGAGAGUUUUAAAAAUAGCGGUUGAAGUUCUACAUGAAACGUGCUAACAAGAACGAUAUUUUUGGUAGGUGUAGUUGACGGAGUUGGGAUAAAAUGAUACAAAUCAAGUAUUUAUAUACAUUAUUGCCGAUUUAUUUGUACAUUUUAUGAAAGUAUGGAAGUUAUAGUUGCAAAAUAUCCCAAAAUCUGAAAAUUGACAGAUGGAAGCAAAAUUAUUUCCUGCAUCAGCUGAUGUUGUUUGAUCAUGUCCCCACAUAACUAAACAGCUAGGCAUCAAACGUGCAUCAAACAACUAUUAUGUAUAAUUAUUGAAGAACCCUCUUAAUAACAGUAUACAUUUUUGUUUUAUUAAUCAUAUUAAAGUUACUCUCUGUUUGAAACAUUGGAUUUUGCAAUCACAUACAGUGGGGAGAACAAGUAUUUGAUACACUGCCGAUUUUGCAGGUUUUCCUACUUACAAAGCAUGUAGAGGUCUGUAAUUUUUAUCAUAGGUACACUUCAACUGUGAGAGACGGAAUCUAAAACAAAAAUCCAGAAAAUCACAUUGUAUGAUUUUUAAGUAAUUAAUUUGCAUUUUAUUGUAUGACAUAACAAAGUAUUUGAUCACCUACCAACCAGUAAGAAUUCCGGCUCUCACAGACCUGUUAGUUUUUCUUUAAGAAGCCCUCCUGUUCUCCACUCAUUACCUGUAUUAACUGCACCUGUUUGAACUUGUUACCUGUAUAAAAGACACCUGUCCACACACUCAAUCAAACAGACUCCAACCUCUCCACAAUGGCCAAGACCAGAGAGCUGUGUAAAGACAUCAGGGAUAAAAUUGUAGACCUGCACAAGGCUGGGAUGGGCUACAAGACAAUAGGCAAGCAGCUUGGUGAGAAGGCAACAACUGUUGGCGCAAUUAUUAGAAAAUUGAAGAAGUUCAAGAUGACGGUCAAUCAUCCUCGGUCUGGGGCUCCAUGCAAGAUCUCACCUCGUGGGGCAUCAAUGAUCAUGAGGAAGGUGAGGGAUCAGCCCAGAACUACACGGCAGGACCUGGUCAAUGACCUGAAGAGAACUGGGACCACAGUCUCAAAGAAAACCAGUAGGAACACACUACGCCGUCAUGGAUUAAAAUCCUGCAGCGCACGCAAGGUCCCCCUGCUCAAGCCAGCGCAUGUCCAGGCCCGUCUGAAGUUUGCCAAUGACCAUCUGGAUGAUCCAGAGGAGGAAUGGGAGAAGGUCAUGUGGUCUGAUGAGACAAAAAUAGAGCUUUUUGGUCUAAACUCCACUCGCCGUGUUUGGAGGAAGAAGAAGGAUGAGUACAACCCCAAGAACACCAUCCCAACCGUGAAGCAUGGAGGUGGAAACAUCAUUCUUUGGGGAUGCUUUUCUGCAAAGGGGACAGGACGACUGCACCGUAUUGAGGAGAGGAUGGAUGGGGCCAUGUAUCACGAGAUAUUGGCCAACAACCUCCUUCCCUCAGUAAGAGCUUUGAAGAUGGGUCGUGGCUGGGUCUUCCAGCAUGACAACGACCUGAAACACACAGCCAGGGCAACUAAGGAGUGGCUCCGUAAGAAGCAUCUCAAGGUCCUGGAGUGGCCUAGCCAGUCUCCAGACCUGAACCCAAUAGAAAAUCUUUGGAGGGAGCUGAAAGUCCGUAUUGCCCAGCGACAGCCCCGAAACCUGAAGGAUCUGGAGAAGGUCUGUAUGGAGGAAUGGGCCAAAAUACCAGCAACAGUGUGUGAAAACCUUGUGAAGACUUACAGAAAACGUUUGACCUGUGUCAUUGCCAACAAAGGGUGCUGCAGUGUGUGCAAACCUGGUCAAGACCUACAGGAAACGUAUGAUCUCUGUAAUUGCAAACAAAGGUUUCUGUACCAAAUAUUAAGUUCUGCUUUUCUGAUGUAUCAAAUACUUAUGUCAUGCAAUAAAAUGCAUAUUAAUUACUUAAAAAUCAUACAAUGUGAUUUUCUGGAUUUUUUUUAGAUUCCGUCUCUCACAGUUCGAGUGUACCUAUGAUAAAAAUUACAGACCUCUACAUGCUUUGUAAGUAGGAAAACCUGCAAAAUCGGCAGUGUAUCAAAUAAUUGUUCUCCCCACUGUACAUUAUAUUGGAUAUGUGUGCCCAUGAAAACUGUCUUCACACCAUAAAAUAGGGAGAUACGAAAUGUUACGAGGUUACAGUACACUUCCCGAGAUGUCCAUACAAAAAAAGAGCCCGACAGCAAUAUCCAGGAAUUUCACAGGAUCAAGGUCAAUGUGUAUUUCAAUUGUUAAAUGCUUACUAUAUGAUAUAACAACAAACAACAGUAUCAUAAAUGUAAGGAAAGAAAGGUAGUUUUGUCACACGACUUUUGCCAAAUCUGUGAAGCCUACAAGCAUGAGAAAGGGUUUAAACAGGAUUUGAUUCAACUCGUGAAUUAUAUUGAAUGUAUCUAUGUUCCCCCUUUAUAUCUUAAUGUAUUCACAUGAAGAAAAAAAAAGGAAAUUAUUUUUAAUGACUUUGUAACAGCUCCAAACAGUUGUCUACUACAAUAAAUGCUCACUGGUACGCUAGUUUAUAGAAAAACCCAUAUACUGUGUACUCACUUGUGUCAUCAUCAUUGUCAAUAUCCAUGUCAUGUCUCUAUUAACAUGUAACGUGUAUUUGAGCAUAUGUGAGAGUGCGUGCGUACCUGUCUGUGUGUGUGUGUAUGUGUACCAGUGUAUGUGGGUAACAAUAGUCUCUAUGUACUGCACACAGUAUCUCUGUGUUAAUCAAACCUCCUGUAUGUUGUGUUCUGUUUUGCUGUGUGCUGUCCUCUAGGUCAGAGUUUCAGGGGUUCCCAGGGCACCGUGGAUAGCAAUAACAAGUGGCCCAUCGGGAACCUGGGGGAGGAUGUUAUCCUGAGCUGCAAGUUCAAGACUUCAACUAAGAGCGGGGAAUUGACCAGUCAGGUGUCAAUCACAUGGAAGAAGGGACUAAGCGAGGUGGUGUACAAUUACGAUAAAGGAGCAGUCCAGCUGACGGAUCAGAACCCCCAGUUUAAAGAUAGAACCCAGCUGUUCUCAGACGCCAUAGGUGGAGGCAAUGCCUCUCUGUUGCUGAGGAACGUGAAAGUGAAAGAUGAGGGGGUGUACUACUGCAGUGUGAACGCCCCUAGUGGCUCGGGGACUGCCAGUGUUAACCUCAGAGCUGCAGGUAAGAAGCAAACUCUUAGGCAUUGUCAAUAUUUCACAAUUAAUAUUUGUAGAACUACACACAAGGUAGCUUACUCUGAAAAUAUGCUUCAUUUCAGCUUUCUCAGCCCCCAAAUUGAAGUCGGUAAACACUACCCUGACGGCAGAGGCAGAGAGAUGGUUCCCAAAACCAAAUGUCAUCUGGUUGGAUGUCAAUGACAACGUCCUAAACGAGAGUGAAACUAGCUUUUUCAACAACUCUGCCGGGAUAACACGAUUCAUCAGCUCCCUUCAGCAAAUUACAUUGUACGACAGCUACACCUGCAUCAUCCAAAACCAUCUGGUGAAGGCUGUCUCCCAGGCAACAGUCAAAGGUCCAGUAAACACCUUUCAGGGCAAAGAAAAUAGUAUUUUAUACUGAACAAAUACCUGGAUGAGAAGUGCAUGCUAGACGACUCUCUCCCAGUUUAAAAACAUUUACACAAGUGAAGUCACUCCCUCAGGUGAGGACACCUACAUCCUCUUCAGUCUGUGUCACCAUGACAACCUGGCCAACCAUGACAGCUAAACAAAAAAUAAAGUGACAAUUGAUGUGGCAUUUAACCCUACAGUCUCUUCAGUCUAUAUCACCAUGACAACCUGGCCAACCAGGACAGCUAAACAAAAAAUAAAGUGACAAAUAAAGUAACUGGUGGCCAGGGUUGGGUAGGUUACUUUCUAAAUGUAAUCCGUUACAGGGGACGUGUCCGAAUUUGAUUUAGUGAAAUUCACUCAUCUUUUCCGACUCACGUGUUUGACAACAGCUGAUAAUCAGAUAAAUUGACGCACUGUACCAAAAUGAAGAAAUGGCGGGGGUCAACACAAUCGUGCAUCAGAUUAUGCAUUCGGAGCACUAUUUUCUAAAUUUCACAAACUAUAAAACAUUAUUUUGUCGCUAGUAUGGGUAUUCGGUCACGGCCAGUUACUAGUUACCUGUCGAAUUGUAAUCAGUAACAUAACGUUUGGAUUACCCAAACGUAAUCGAUUACUUUCAAUUACUUUUGGAUUUCUUUCCCCUUAAGAGGCAUUAGAAGAAAACAAAAAGGAUCCAACAAACGCAUUUGGUGUGUCAUAAUAGUGGUCUCUGACUUGUGGUCAAACUCACUCAAGUGGAAAAAAUUUAAACAUACACCUUUUUUCAAUGCUGAAUUGAAUGUCAUUGAGAAAACAGAAAGUUUCUUUUUUUCACAAACAACCUUCCCAAAUGUAAAAGUAAUCCAAGAAGUAAUCAUCUAGAUUGAAAAGUAAUCCAUGAAGUAAUCAUCUAGUUUUUCAAAAGGAUCUGUAAUCUGAUUACAAUAUUUUUGCUGGUAACGUAAUUGAUUACAGUUACAGUUCUUUUGUAAUCAGAUUACAUGUACUCCCCAACACUGCUUGUGGCAGUGUGCAUACUGUAUAGUCAGCAUCCUUCCUUUUUAUUACAGAUACAGAGAUAUCAGCGAUGACUUUCUUCUCCUUCCCUACUGCAGCUGCACCGCCCAUACUACAACCCCAAUGGCACUUCCAAGCAGCUACAGCCAGUGUCUUUCUCUGGAUCUACCAACUAACCUGAUGAACACAUGCACAGUAACUACUCUUCAUAGCCUACAGGCAAGAUU